AUGGAGAAGGUUCAGCAGCAGCAUCACGUAGAAGAUGUGGGUCGACUGCUGCUGCAGACGCAGGAGCAGCUCCGAGUCAUGCGAGAGCAGAUGACUGCGGCGGCUGCAGCCGUGGAGGCCAACGCAUCGCCGAUGCGGCACAGCGCAGUCGUGACCACAGCCGAGGUGCAGGCGUUCAACGCCAUUUUGCAGCAGACAGAGGCAGAGCUGCGCGCCAAGGCGGAGCUCGUUCUAAACGGCAUGGUCAACAGCAGCAGCAGCGCUCAAAACAACCAAAGUCAGAGCGGAACACUGCUCCCUGCCGUCACAGUCGCAGCGCCUCCCUCCACAAGACACCGCAGCGGAUAUGCCAAGCCCAGAGUGGCGAAAAGUAUGGACGCGAGCUCAAUCCCGAUGGAAUUCUUUCGAGAGCAAUUCCGGAACAGCAGCGUUGAGGUCCGGCAGACUCUAAUGCCUUCGCCCCUGCACUUGCAGCGGCAUCUCGGGAUCCAUCACGGCCGCCUCAUGCGCAAGAAAACCACACAACACUGUCGCCUCCUGCCGAGUGUCAACAAAGUCGACCCCAGUGCGCCGACGCCUGAACUGCGAGAGGAGGACGCCAAACACGGCGUACUAAACCUGGUCACACGCGGGUUUCUACCUGCAUACGCUGACCUGACACCAGCCUUUGCAGGUCCCAGUGGAGCGAACGAUGGAUCGGGUGGUGGCGUGAUGAAGCAGCGUGCGACGCGGAUCCACGAUCGAUCAGAGCAGUCGGUUCGCCCGACGCCGUUCACGCAGUCCACGGGCUACAACCUCGCAGCGCUAAAGUUUGAUCUUCGGGCGCCGUUUACGCCUCCACCUCCUGCACCCGAGUCCAGCCCUCCCGCUACUGCCACGACCAGAAGACGCAGCACCAGGAGAGGUUCAGCCGGACAUGGUCCAAGCAAGGUCACGAUGUCGUUCCCAGAGUCUGCUAGGGCCGACAAGAGCGGCAGAUCGGUACGUCAGAGCUCGCUGGUGUCCGCUGCAAUAGCGGCCUUCACGAACCAAAGCGACGACUUGGAAGACAACCGAGAGCGCUUCAGUGAGCAGCCAGAUGAGGAAAUCUCGGAUGAGGAGCAGGAGGACGAUGAGAACGAGAAGGACGAGGAGGCCGAGAUGGAGGAGCUGGGCGCCAACGUCGACAAGAUCCGCGGAUACAACGAGCUGCUGGACGCGUACAGUCUGCACCAGUUCUUGAUCCACAAGGGACGAACCAUGCGAGAUACACCCGAGUUUGUGUCGUUCCGCCGCGUAGCGCAGGAGCUUUGGGGCAGCGUCGAGGAGGCCCUGCGCGCGUUGGAGACUCUCCUCACGCAGUACUUCGUGCCGCUGGCGUACGCUGAUGGCCAGCGCUUGUUGUCUCUCGCUUCCACCGGCCAGCCUCGGUUCUCCAAGCGCGAGCUGUUGUCCUGCAUCGUGAACGAAGAGCAGGUAAUGGCGGUGCUCCGUCGACCAGGACAGCGAUACAAAGGCAGAGACCGCAAGCGCCGAGCUGCGACGACAAUCCAAGCCUGUGUCCGGAUGUGGUCAAUCCGCCGCCGGUAUGUGAGAUCGCGCGCGAGCGACUUCAGCGCGACGAAGAUCCAGCUCGCAUGGCGCGCCUUCAGCUGCCACGCGGCUUUGAAAGCUCGACUGCGAGAGCUUCGGCGGGAGCAGCUUGACAACUGGGAAGCCAAGAUGAACGACCUGAAGACCCAGUGGCAUCAGAUUGCAGGACGCCGACGCGUUGUCGUGCACGUGCCGUCCUUGUCGCUGGAUGAACACUCGCGCCUUAGCGCCGAGAACUUCGCAGUGCAGCAGAACCUCCAGCUGACGCGGAUAUGCGCUGCAGCUCUGGACUCGAACGUGGAUCUGCUUGUGUACGUGGCCCCCUUCGAGCUCACCGCUGACGUCUCGCACUACUUCCUCAAGCUGCUGCAGCUGGGCGGUCUGGCUGAUAGUAGACCGCGCGUGAAGCUCGUGUUUCCAGAGCAGGCUGCCCGCUUUCCAGCGCAUUUCUCGCUCUCGUCAGUCUUGCUGUACUCGCCUCACUGUCUGCGGCGCAUCCGGCACUACACGGCAGGCAAAGACGCAUACCUCGUGAUGGGGUUGCCUGGUACAGAAGACCAGCGGCUGGCUAUCGCCCUGGACUUGCCUAUCCUUGGUGCACCGCCACCUCAAGCACUACCAUUGCUCACUCGCUCAGGUGGCAAGCGGCUGCUCAUCCGCGCUGACGUGAACGUCCCCACCGGCACUUACGAGCUCUACGACGAGCACGAACUGUUCGCAGCACUUGCCAAGCUUGCAGUCGCGCACAUGGAUCAGCCGAGAUGGUUGCUCAAGCUCGACUACGACCCCCUUGGUGUUGGUGAAGCGGUGGUUGAUCUGUCGGGGAUGCAAGCGAUGCGCGAGCUACGACGAGAGAAGAAGACGCCCGAGUAUUGGCGCCAACCGGGACCGCGCGAUGCUGCAUCCAAGCUCGUGCUAGCUGAACUGGAGCGUCCAGGCGUGUUGGCGCGACUUGCGACGCCCAUGCACACCGAGAUCUUCCCGUCAUGGCGAGAGUACACCGAAGCGAUCAGCCAUUUCGGCUGCGUGGUCGAAGCCGUUCCUCCCACAAGCUUCGUCGCCUCGCCCGAGACUGCGAGCUCGUCCGUGGAGCCGGCCUACGUACGCGCGAACUUGUUCAUUGACCCGGACGGCACAGUUCACAUCACGUCGACGCAGAAUGUGCUGGCCAGUGGCGGAGGACUCAAUCGGAAAACGGUGGCGUUCACGUUCCCCCAGACAGUGGCGCCGCACGAGGCGGUUAAGGGUGCGUGCACUGCUGCGGGGAAGCUGCUAGUGGAGACCAACGUCUGGGGCUACGUGAGUCUGGACUUCGUCGUGUUCCAGGACGACAAGAGCGGCGGCGCACCACGGCUCUGGGCGCUCGCUGUGCAUCCGUUCCUGACAGACUCUGCUGCGAGCUUCGCGUGCUUUCACCUUCUCGCCCGGGGCGUGCUCGACGCGAGCUCAGGAGGCUACCGAAUGGCUGCAGCAAAUUCGACACUUGCGGCCGUCAAUUCAGGACGAAGUGGCGGUGGGGGCACAACGGACCUGCUACUACGAGAGGCGUCGCUGGCGAAGGGGGCUCAGGCUGGCACGCCUCGCUGCUACGUGGUGUGCUCGUACGUCUUCCACCCGCACGUGACCACCAUGCAGUACACUGCCUUCUUCCACGCCUGCCGACUGCAUGGAGUGUGUUUCGACGUUGAGCGCACGCUAGGAACGCUCUUCCUGCUCACAGACAGUCUCACAGCCGGUGUCUUCGGCGUCUUGAGCGUUGGGGAGACCACCGACGGGGCGUUGGCGUUCAUGCGCACUGCACUUGAAGUGAUCGGCCGCGAGGCCGGCGCGACUGUCGAAAUGGCUACCUCCCCAUCUCGACCCGGCUCAGCUCGCAGCGGCAACUUCGCUCAAGUGUUGUCUGCUGUUCGCGCGUCCACAGGCGGAGGCAAAGGCGACAGACUCGGUAGAAUGCGGCGACUGCGUCGAUAG